CCCAAGAAGUCUUCAAUCCCAACUUGGGGCCAAGUUUUGGAAUGGGUUGAUACAGUUGUCAACAUUUAAUUGCAGUAUGCUUACACCCGUACCCCCGUCAUCAACUCCAUAUCGCAGAUCAUCGCCAUGGGUUGAAAGCGCCAGUACAGAUUGUGACACGAUGGAACCAAUAAAGACAUGAGCAGACCAGAAAUUCCCGGGUUCUACUUCGACGAAACGCGCAAGCGAUAUUUUAAAAUCACAAACGGCGAUCAGCGCCACAACGCGGCUUAUUCAAACAAUUCCGUUAGGGCUCAGGAAAGGCGCAAAGAGCAUAAAGAAACUGACCGCAUCAAACGUAGUAAACCUGCAAACAGGUUUCUGGACGCAAGUUUAAUUGCUGAGAAACAGCGGUGCUCCUCUAGCUUCUACCAUUGGCUUCUCAAGAGUAGACUCGCAUAUAUUCUGGGGCAUCCGGGGCUAAUUAACCGGAUAUCAUCUUCAUCUUCGACUAUAAAAUUGAUAGAGGCACCAGCAUGGUCAUUUGGCGCUGGUAAACGAGUACUUGUAGCAAAUGGCCCUUUGCUCAAGCUUCAUACCAAACUAGACUUCUUGCAGGGUUGUAUUUCACAGCCGAUUGCCACACUUAAUUUAUCUGAAGACGAAAGAGGCACUCGAUCGACAGAUCGAAAAAUUGACUCUCUUACAGCAAAAGGAAUAUGGGUUGCAUGUUUUUAUGGCUGCACUUUUCAUCUUCUGCAGUGGCGGUGGAAUGAAACGGAGACAGAAUGUCAGCCACGUGACUUCACUGAUCGCUUCAACUCAAGCUUGGUUUUCUAUAACGGCCAAAACGCCAUCAACACGCUGAGAGAAAUACUUGACUCAAGAUUAUUUCCAAUAUUCGAAGAAAAUUUGUUGAGCUUGUAUCUGGAUAAAGGAUACAGGGUGAUUCUAUCUCUCGACCCGUUCUACAUUCGCGUAGUUGAUAGAUUUUAUUUUACACCAAGUCCUCAGAUAAGCAGCACUUUCAUGCAUGUAAACAAUACGGUAUUUUACAAUAGCGGGAAACAUUUGAUGGCGCAUGGUGUUUCCUCGACCCCUCAGAAAUGGAAGUUCAAUUUUCCAGUAUAUGCGUAUGACGUCGUGUAUCUUGACGGAAUUGAAUCACGAAGAGAUCAAGGGAUUAUCAGACUCUUUGUAAUUACUGCCAAAGAGGUAAUUAUACGUGACUUGAGCGACUCCCUUGGAGUUAUUGGCCCUGAUAUAUGCAUUCCUAUAAGUAAUGACAAUCAAGCAAGGCCGCUCGUUUCACGCCAAGGCCAAUACGUUGUCGUUGAAGAAGGAGAUGGUAUAUUGAAGUUGAUUGACACAAAAUUUCUAUCAUCAAAGACUUUGAACUUAAAUAUGAAGUUCACGUCACCUCGAGAUACGAUGCCACGCAUGUUUGAAUUGGGAACUAAUGUUAUAUUGGCUGACGCAAAGAAUACAUACAAAAUCAGAAUGCAUGAUUCACUGUACAAAGACUAAAAUCAUCUUUUAUUCAUUUCACUCUAUGAUUAUGCGCACUAGUUGCAGCAAGAGCCCU